CCCGGGCAUCGGCGACCGGCACCGCCCCCGGGCCCAAGCGGGGACAGCUCGCUAGUGGCCAAGCUGUUUGCACACCCUCUGUAUAGCGGGGCUAUCCCACAGCUGACUGAAGACGACGUCCUGUUUAAUGUCAACAGCGACAUCAGGUUCAACCCCAAGGCGGCGGAGAACCCGGACUGGCCACAUGAAGGUGCUGAAGGUGGAGAAUUCCUGCCCACUGUAGAGACCACAGUGGAUUCCUACCCCAAUUGGCUCAAGUUCCAUAUUGGCAUUAACCGGUACGAGCUAUACUCCAGGCACAACCCAGCAAUUGACGCACUGCUGCAGGACCUAGGUGCACAGAAGAUCACCAGUGUGGCCAUGAAGUCAGGGGGCACGCAGCUCAAGCUCGUCAUGACGUUCCAGAAUUACGGGCAAGCACUGUUCAAGCCCAUGAAGCAGACGAGGGAACAGGAGACACCCCCUGACUUCUUUUACUUCUCUGACUAUGAGAGGCACAAUGCAGAGAUCGCCGCCUUCCACCUGGACAGGAUCUUGGACUUCCGCCGAGUCCCACCUGUGGCGGGCAGGAUGGUCAACAUGACAAAGGAGAUCCGGGAUGUGACUCGGGACAAGAAGCUGUGGAGAACCUUCUUCAUCUCUCCAGCUAACAAUAUCUGCUUCUACGGGGAGUGCUCUUACUACUGCUCCACGGAACAUGCGCUGUGCGGGAGACCCGACCAGAUAGAAGGCUCGCUGGCUGCCUUCCUGCCCGACCUGUCGCUGGCCAAGAGGAAGACCUGGCGGAACCCCUGGCGGCGCUCCUACCAUAAGCGCAAGAAGGCAGAGUGGGAAGUGGACCCUGAUUACUGUGAGGAGGUGAAGCAGACACCACCUUAUGACAGUGGCCACCGUGUCCUGGAUGUCAUGGACAUGACCAUCUUCGACUUCCUCAUGGGAAACAUGGAUCGGCACCACUACGAGACCUUUGAAAAGUUUGGGAAUGAGACGUUCAUCAUCCAUUUGGACAAUGGAAGAGGGUUUGGAAAAUAUUCACACGAUGAGCUUUCCAUCCUGGUGCCUUUACAGCAGUGCUGCAGGAUCAGGAAGUCCACCUACCUGCGGCUACAGCUGCUGGCCAGGGAGGAGUACAAGCUGAGCCUGCUGAUGUCCGAGUCCCUGCAGCGGGACCGGGUGGCACCUGUGCUGUACCAGCUGCACCUGGAGGCCCUGGAUCGGCGGCUCCGCAUCGUGUUGCAGGCUGUGCGCACCUGCGUCGAGAAGGACGGGCUGGGCAGCGUGGUGGAGGACGACCUGGACACUGAGCACAGAGUGGCCACUGAGAGGUAGUGACCUGCCGCCCGAGAGCGGGGAGACUCGGCCACACGCGCCACUGGUGAAUUCAGUGAAUUCAGAGACAGGAGGGCCGUGCCCACGUGGCUACCGGCCACCCUUCCAUGUGGCCCACAAGGGUGCAUUUCUCGAGUCUCUGAGACGGAAGAGGCGGGAAGGCCGAGUUUGCGCCUGUGCAGAGCGGCCCAUCCUUCCACGGGGAGAGGAAACCUCUGCUGACUUCUGUUUGGGGUUUAUGUGAGGCACACGUGUGCACAGACAGCCAUCUGCCCGGAGCAGGGCCGCCUCCCCGUCCUGUGGCUCCUGCCCGGCAGGGUCACUGUGACAUUGGACGCGUUUUGUGCUCUAGGCCUCAUUCAAAAUGAAAACUGCUUUGCCCCCCACUCUGGGGCCUCAGCCCUUUGAGAUGGGAGAGGGCUGUUUGGACAGAGGCUCCAGACGGACAGCACAGCCUGUGCUUAGACUCGCAGGGUCCCUUGUGAGCGCUGUGAAGCAGUGACGGUUAUCCCAGCGGAGGCUGGGCCUUCCUGUUGUGACAGCGCCACUCACUGCUGGCUUUGCUUUGGACAGUUGGCAUAAACCCGUCACGCAGGGUCAGCGGGCACCGAGCAGUAGGCUAACCUUCGCAGCAUUUUUGUGAAAUAGUUUGCAAUGUGGUAAAAGUGCAAUAAAGAUAUGGCAAG